AUGAGCACCUUCGUUUCUCUCUCGACAGGGCAGAGGAUAACCUCGGUCGGACUAGGCACAUGGAAGUGCGCUCCUGGUCAAGUGAAGCAGGCAGUGUUGGCAGCUUUAGACUGCAGGUAUAGACACAUUGACUGUGCUGCGUAUGGCAAUGAACAGGAGGUGGAAGAGGCUCUGGCUGUCAGGGUCGGUCCUGGGAAGGCUCUGCGUCAUAAGGAGGUUUUUGUAACAUCUAAACUGUGGAACACCAAACAUGACCCAGAGGAUGUGGAGGAAGCAUGCAGGACCAGUCUGGUCCACCUGGUCCACCUGGUCCAUCUGUCCUAUUUGGACCUGUACCUUAUGCACUGGCCCAUGGCAUUCCAGCGGGGAAAGGAGCUGAUGCCUCGACAGGAAGAUGAGAUUUGUUACUCUGACACACACUACAGAGAUAUUUGGGCAGCUGUGGAGAGCCUUGUGGACAAAGGUCUGGUCAAAGCGAUAGGGCUGUCCAACUUCAACGCCAGGCAGGUUGAUGACAUCAUCAGAAUGGCCAAACACGCACCUCUGGUGAACCAGGUGGAAUGCCAUCCUUAUUUGUCUCAAGCAGAUCUCCUGUCUCACUGUUGGUCAGUGGCAGUUUGUGUGACAGCCUUAAGUCCUCUAGGCAGCGGGGACAGACCCUGGGCCUCUCCUGAUGAACCAAGUCUGCUCCAGGAUCCUCGACUGGGAGGUAUCGCCCAGAGAUACCAGAAAACACCAGCCCAGAUCAUCUGCAGGUGGCAUGUGCAGAGGGGAGUUGUGUGUAUCCCGAAAAGCGUGACGCCCUCCAGGAUCCAGCAGAACUUGCAACUAUUUGAUUUUUCCCUGUCAGAAGACGACAUGAAGCUGAUCGAAUCAUUCAACCGCAACAAGCGCUUCAUCAUCCCAACAGUCGAGAUGAGUCACUGAUCUUAU